AAAGUGAGUGUUUCCGGUACGCGUGGUCGCCGCUCCGGUGUCAGCUGUUGAGCGAAACAAGCCAAGAUGAUCUCCCUCACCGACUCCCAGAAAAUUGGAAUAGGGCUAAUGGGAUUUGGUGUAUUUUUCCUGUUUUUUGGGAUGAUCCUGUUUUUCGAUAAAGCUCUCCUUGCCAUAGGAAAUAUCUUUUUUGUUGUUGGGCUGGCAUUUGUGAUCGGGCUGGAGAGGACCUUCAGGUUCUUCUUUCAGAAGCACAAAAUGAAAGCCACAAGCUUCUUUCUAGGAGGCGUCUUCAUAGUGCUGAUUGGAUGGCCCAUCAUCGGAGUGAUUCUAGAGUUUUAUGGCUUCUUUCUGUUAUUCAGGGGAUUCUUUCCAGCCGUCGUAGGCUUCAUCAGGAGGAUUCCUGUGCUGGGAUACUUGCUGAAUCUUCCCUUUAUUAGUGGGUAUGUGGACAAAGUGAGUGAAAGCAACAACAUGGUUUAAAAGACUCCGCUUAUUUAUGAUGUUUUUUCUAAAGCAUUACUAUAAAACAGCCAUGAGAAGUAUAGAGGUCGUAUUACUGAAGCUUUAUAUUCAGACAUGUUUCCAUUGCAAGGAGGUCUGAGUGAUAUUUACAUCAGUGAGAAGCAAACUGUGCAGGGUGGAAGAGAAGCCACUCCUUCGUCAGCCGUUUGCCAAAGCAAAGCCAUCUAUAGAGCUGCGUCACAACAUCCAGCAUCCCUGAACAACUGUGGCCUACUUUAUAAACGCAAACUUCACGAAGAAGUUACCGGAGAUCCUCUCAUCAGGAAUGUUUGUUUGAAUGUGUAAAAGUGACUUCUUAAAAUGUAUUCUGUUACAACAAUGACCUUUUUACAUGGUUGUGUCUAUAUUUGUAUUUUAAAGCAGGAGGAGAGCUGGAUGACUCUUAAUUUCUGGAUUUAAAAAAAAAAAAAUUAUGACACCUGCUGAAAAAUGCAAGUGUGAUAUUAACACUUUCUGGUAUAAUUCAACUGUUUCUAACCAGACUGGCAUAUUGAGAUGUUGUUCUUGUUAUUAUUAUAAUAAUUAUUUAUAAGUAUUAUUAUCAUUGUUAAAUAUUUUGUUCUUUUUCUGUCUUCGAAAAUGUAUCUCUAUUUCUCAAUCACUGUCAGAUUGCAGCACUGGAAUUUCAAAAUGGUUCUGCUGCCACAAACUUUGAAAAAUAUAUUUAAAAACCUGA